AGUUUUUUGUAAAGAAGCCUGUUGCGGCGGCACAGUCACUCCUCAGUGGCUCUCACUCGACACUUGUGAGCCUCGCAACUAGUUUCUACCGCAUGUAACGGUAAAAGCAAUACCUGCAGCGUAUCAGUGGAUUCGAUUCGUGAACGAAAUUGAUCAGUAGCAACGCAAAUGAAUUUGUUUGUUAUACAAGCAGUGACAGCUGUCUGUCUUCUAGUUAAUGCGGUGGUCGUCGAUGGAUACUUCAUCGUGGUGGAUGCGCACUCUGAAGAGUGCUUUCACGAUCGCGUAGUCAAAGGCACGAAGAUGGGUUUGACGUUUGAAGUUGCCGAGGGCGGGUUUCUUGACAUCGACGUAAAGAUAACCGGUCCAGAUGAAAAGGUUGUCUACAACGGUGAACGCGAAUCGUCGAACAAAUACACGUUCGCUGCAUAUAUGGAUGGCGUGUACAAAUAUUGCUUUAGUAAUGCCAUGAGUACUAUGACUCCGAAAACCGUCAUGUUUACGAUGGAUAUUGGCGAGGAGCCAAAAAAAGCUGAUGGUAAAGACGGUCAAGGAGAAAACAAACUUGAGGACAUGAUCAGUGAGCUGCAUACGGCAAUGACAGGUGUCAAACAUGAGCAGGAGUACAUGAUGAUCCGAGACCGGAUUCAUCGGUCAAUCUCAGAGUCAACCAAUUCGCGCGUAGUCAUUUGGGCGUUCUUUGAGAAUCUCAUCAUCAUCGCCAUGACACUGGGACAGGUUUACUACUUGAAACGAAUUUUUGAGGUGAGGCGUGUCGUCUAAAGACAUCUAUAUACUAUUAAAUGUCGUUGAAGUACUGAAAUGUCCAAUCAUCAGUAUCGAUCGUCCGGACAUCUCCAAGACCUCGCGCGAUAACUUAAAAAUGGUCGAGGGCAAUGAUUUGUAAAGGUGGGAUAGGGUGCAAUGGAUGCAGUGAGUAGAAGUGUUUUUCUUCAGUUAUUUUUAGCGACAAAGCGACUUAUCGAAAACUGCUGAAAAUUAUGUGGAAAAGGAAACUCAAUGAAUGAAUGGCCUGAAGUAGCCGAGUAAAUACCUUUUAGGUGUGCACAGCACGCUAGUGGUAUCCACAGCAUAAAUGGUCGUGAAUGUGAUCUGAAUAAAUAUACAUUGAGUAUUUAUUAUACAAGA